AUGAUUCCCGGAUCGGCUGCGUCGAUGCUCCCAUCGAUGUCUUCGGAAGACAUUAAACUAUACCAGCAUAACUACGUCCGCAACUCCCGUGCCAUCGGACUCCUGUGGGCCAUCUUCACCAUCCUGUUCGCCAUCUUGAACGUGGUGAUCUUCAGCCAGCCCUAUUGGAUCGGGGACGGCGUGGACACCCCGCAGGCCGGCUACUUCGGCCUCUUCCACUUCUGCACCGGCGACGGGAUCCAGAGGGAGCUCGACUGCACAGGAACCUUCACCGAGUUCGCUCAGAUCCCUUCCACCGCGUUCAAGGCCGCGUCGUUCUUCGUCGGGAUGUCAAUGAUGCUGGUGAUAGCUUGCAUUGCUUCUUUCACUCUCUUCUUCCUGUUCUCCACCAACACCGUCUAUAAGAUCUGCGGCUGGAUGCAGGGGGCCUCGGGUAAGUCAGUGAGUGCCGCUAGGGCAGCUUGUUUUUGGAGUAAUGUCUUGUAAGUAGUCCUAAACCUUCCUCCUGCAAGGUUUGUGUAUAGCGUUUUAAGUUAGCUAUAUGCCUACAAAUGAACUGAAUAUUAUGUAUUGUUAGCUUAUCUGGCCUGGUUAAGUGAUCAAAAUAUAACACAUAUGCCUAUUAUAUCAGUGUCUUAGCUUAGCCGUAGCUCAGCUGGUAGAGCACGGCGCUUGUAACGCCAAGGUAGUGGGUUCGAUCCCCGGGACCACCCAUACACAAAAAUGUAUGCACGCACGACUGUAAGUCGCUUUGGAUAAAAGCGUCUGCUAAAUGGCAUAUUAUUAUUUAUUAUUAUUAUUAUUAAGAUUUCAUGUUUCAUGUUAAGAAAUAGACUACUGUGGACUGCCCCUGCACUGACACAAUGUUGGCCCUACAUUGUAACAAUUCCAAUGAAUUAGGAAAUAGCCCUAUGUCUAUCCAUCUAGUAUGUUUUCCCGUCCUAAUAUUCUCCUAAACGGGUUAGGAGGGUACUCUGUCCUGCCGACUGUAGGGUGGUAGGCAGGUGGUGCUGAAUGAACAGCAAUGCCGUUUUAAUCCUGUCUGUGGUGCUGAAAAGAGAUAUGUGAUGUGGUACUGUCCAUGGUGCUGAACAGAGAGCCAUGUAGAAUGGUUAGGUAUUGCGAUUGGCGCUGUCCACGGUGCUGAAGGGACCUGUAGGGGUUGUAAUGCUGUACUUAUGUCGGUUGACUCUGACCAUGGUACUGAAUGGACAGCCAUGUAUACUGAACAAAAAUAUAAGCGCAACAUGCAAAGUGUUGGUCCCAUGUUUCAUGACCUGAAAUAAAAGAUCCCAGAAUUUUUCCAUAAGCACAAAAAGCUUAUUUCUCUCAAAUGUUGUACACAAAUUUGUUUACAUCCCUGUUAGUGAGCAUUUCUCCUUUGCCAAGAUAAUCCAUCCACCUGACAGGUGUGACAUAUCAAGAAGCUGAUUAAACGGCAUGAUCAUCACAUAGGUGCACCUUGUGCUGGGGACAAUAAAAGGUCACUCUAAAAUGUGCAGUUUUGUCACACAACACAAUGCCACAGAUGUCUCAAGUGUUGAGGGAGCCUGCAAUUGUCAUGCUGACUGCAGGAAUGUCCACCAGAGCUGUUGCCAGAGAAUUGAAUGUUAAUUUCCGCCUCCAACGUCGUUUUAGAGAAUUUGGCAGUACGUCCAACCGGCCUCACAACCGCAGACCACGUGUAACCACACCAGCCCAGGACCUCCACAUCCGGCUUCUUCACCUGCGGAAUCGUCUGAGACCAGUCACCCGGACAGCUGAUGAAACUGAGGAGUAUUUCCAUCUGUAAUAAAGCCCUUUUGUGGGGAAAACUCAUUCUGAUUGGCUGGGCCUGGCUCCCAAGUGGGUUCCAAGCCCACCCAUGGCUGCGCCCCUGCCCAGUCAUGUGAAAUCCAUAGAUUAGGGCCACAUUUAUUUAUUUCAAUAGACUGAUUUCCUUUAAUGAACGUUGAAAUCGUUGAAAUUGUUGCAUGUUGCGUUCAUAUUUUUGUUCAGUAUAGGUUGGUUAGCAGGUGGUUCUGCAGGGAGAGAUAGAGCAGUUAGAGCUGUCCUUGGUGUUGAAUGGACAGCUAUAGGGGUUUCACCUGCAGUCAUGUUAUUGUCACAGGUGCAUGCAGUUCAGAAUACACUGAGUAUACAAAUCAUUAAGAACAUCCAUGACAUAGACUGACCAGGUGAAUCCCUUAUUGAUGUCACUUGUUAAAUCCACUUCAAUCAGUGUAGAUGAAGGGGAGGAGACAGGUUAAAUAAUCAUUUUUAAGCCUUGAGACAAUUGAGACAUGGAUUGUGUAUGUGUGCCAUUCAGAGGGUGAAUGGGCAAGACAAAAUAUUUAAGUGCCAGGUGGUAGGUGCCAGGUGCACCGGUUUGUGUCAAGAACUGCAACGCUGCUGGGUUUUUCACGCUUAACAGUUUCCUGUGUGUAUUAAGAAUGGUCCACCACCCAAAGGACAUCCAGACAACUUGACACAACUGUUGGAAGCAUUGGAGUCAACAUCGGCCAGCAUCCCUGUGGAACGUUUUCGACACCUUGUAGAGUCCAUGCCCCGACUAAUUGAGGCUGUUCUGAGGGCAAAGGGGGGUCAGGCAACUCAAUAUUAGGAAGGUGUUCUUAAUGUUUUGUAUACUCUGUGUAUAACGAGGAGAAUAUGCAGUUAAGUCAGAAGAAUUACUGCAUAUUCCAUAUACAUGGAUAGAUAAAGUGUGGUAAAAGAUAGGUGAAUUGAGGUCCUCAGUGCAGUAGAUGUUUUUGGAUUAUGGUCCAAUUCACUUGUAAUUAUUUUUCGAGCAGUUUGCGGAUUCCACUUUUUCCUCGUAUGAGUUCAAUUUGCAGCUAUUUAACCAGUAAAAAUGACUAAUUCUAAUUCACUACACAGGAUGAACAUAAUUACCUGACCCCAUGCCAGGUUUCCUUCCCUUCAAUUUCACUAAAUAAUGUCAGGAGUCGCCUGAUUGAACAUGAAUACAUUUAAAUGGGUUACAGUCAUCUUUAGCAGAAUAGCCUGAGUACCACGUUGUGUUGAUUUCCCACUGGAGCACUGACGCAACAGUGUAGUUACUUAGGCUGUGUCCGAAAUUGCAACCUUUUCCCUUUAUAUUACACUGCUUUUGACCAGGGCCCAUAGGGCUCUGGUCAAAAGUAGUGCACUAUAUAGGAAUUAGAUAUGAUUGAAUACCAUCAAGAUACAGUAUAUUAACUUAGUGUUUUUAUGCUAAUGUUAGAUACUCUUAAAUUUGUUUUGUUUUAGAACCUUUGUCACGCUCGUCGUAGGGAAUAGAUGAGGACCAAGGCGCAGCGUUGCAGGCAAACAUACUCUUUAUUCCGAGACACGAUCAAAACAACAAAUGAUACGUGACAGUUCACGGUCUACCAUAAACAGACUAGAAACAAAAACCCACAAACACAAAGGGAAAGACACAGUUUAAAUAUGGCUCCCAAUCAGAGACAACCAGCACCAGCUGACACUCGUUGCCUCUGAUUGGGAGUCACUCAGGCCAACAUAGAAAUACAAACUAGGACUCCCAACAUAGCAAUAGAAUACAUAGAACUACACACCCUGGCUCAACAUAACAGUGUCCCCAGAGCCAGGGCAUGACAGUACCCCCCCCCCCCUAAAGGCGCGGACUCCGACCGCGCCAACUAAAUACCACAGGGGAGGGACCGGGUGGGCACUCCGCCUUGGCGGCGGAUCCGGCUCCGGACCUGAUCCCCACUCCCUCUCCAACCCCCCAAAGUACCCCUGGUCCGGUCUGGCCCCGCUGGCCGGAGCUGGACUGCACACUGAUGGAGCGGAUUGCUCUAGCGCCGGCGUAAAACAUCUGACCAGUGCCGAACCAGGCACCAGUGGAACAGGCACGGGCCGUGCCGGACUGACGACGCCCACCACUGGCUUGGUGUGGAGAACAGGCACGGGCCGUGCUGGACUGACAACGCACACCACUGGCUUGGUGUGAGGAGCAGGAGUGAGCCGAACCGGGCUGACGAAACGCACCACUGACUUGGUGCGGGGAGCAGGAACGGGCCGAGCCGGGCUGACGAAGCGCACCACUGACUUGGUGCGGGGAGCAGGAACGGGCCGAGCCGGGCUAACGAAGCGCACCACUGACUUGGUGCGGGGAGCAGGAACAGACCGGACCGUACUGGGGACACACACCACUGGCCCUACACCGGGAUCUGGAACGGGCCGGACCGGACUGGUAACACACCCCAGUACCUCUCGCCGUGCCUCUACACCUUCCAUCCCCUCUUCUACCAGUGGCCCCCGUAACCUGGCGGCCUCCUCUGCCAACCCGCUGGACCGCUCUAUCGCGGCCUCCUGCUGCCCCGACGUCGUGAGCCCCCCCCUAAAAAUUUUCUGGGGGUCUCUCCUCCCCGUGGGCCAGGCCUCUAUAGUUCUCGCCCAACUCUCGCUCUUCUGCCCCCAACUCCAGCCAUUCUGCUCUUCAUUAGGCUUGACCCAGUCGAGACUCUUCCUCCACUGUUCCCAAGUCCACCCUCUCUGCUCUUCACUCGGCUUGACCCAGUCGAGGCUGCCACGGAGAUCUGCUAGGGAUUUCCCUGGCAAUGGCUCCUCGACUCGCUGCUUGGUCCAGUUCUGGUGGGUUUUUCUGUCACGCUCGUCGUAGGGAAUAGAUGAGGACCAAGGCGCAGCGUUGCAGGCAAACAUACUCUUUAUUCCGAGACACGAUCAAAACAACAAAUGAUACGUGACAGUUCACGGUCUACCAUAAACAGACUAGAAACAAAAACCCACAAACACAAAGGGAAAGACACAGUUUAAAUAUGGCUCCCAAUCAGAGACAACCAGCACCAGCUGACACUCGUUGCCUCUGAUUGGGAGUCACUCAGGCCAACAUAGAAAUACAAACUAGGACUCCCAACAUAGCAAUAGAAUACAUAGAACUACACACCCUGGCUCAACAUAACAGUGUCCCCAGAGCCAGGGCGUGACAACCUUCUAGAUCAGAUAAGAUUCCAUUCCAUUAAUUCUGUCAAAAUCCUGGUAUCUUCUUUCCUUCUGCUCAAAUCAAUCUAAACAUGUAAAUAAACAUUGCAUCAAACAGUUCCUGCUCUCUCUCUCUCUCUCUCUCUCUCUCUCUCUCUCUCUCUCUCUCUCUCGCGCUCUCUCUCUCUCUCUCUCUCUCUCUCUCUCUCUCUCUCUCUCUCUCUCUGACCACACACACAAACUCUGAACGAGAAGGCGAUUAUUUGGAAGGAGUCCAGGUCUAUGAUGUGUUAUCUUGGUCUGAAUAAAGGCAGCAAUAAGCCAGUCUUAAUGAGGACACCACUGUGCUCGUGGUGCUGCAGUUAGAGAGAUGAAAGAGACGAGAGAAACAAGCAGCCCUUUCAAACCAACAGGAGUUGUGUGUGUGUGUGUGUGUGUGUGUGUGUAGGGGGGGUGGGGGUGUAUGUGUGUGUGUGUGUGUGUGUGUGUGUAUGCGUGCAUGCGUGCGUGCCAGGCCAGGCCAGGCCAGCUUCACUAUUCAUCAGUCAACCUCCAUUACUUUUUGUUUCGCUCAAGGUUAGGUUAGGCAAGGCUUAACUCGGCUUCUAUCUGACGUGGCUUGGCAGUGGUGCACAGGUGGUUCACUUUACUUGCAUUCCUGAUGUGACCCUUACCCUAAUAUUAUGUUUUCUAGCCUUGAGACUAGAGAGUAAUACAAAUCAGUACAAGUCAAUAUAAGCAAUAUAAGACACAACUGUGGGAAGCAUUGGAUCAACAUGGGCCAGCAUCCCUGUGGAACACUUUCAACACCUUGUAGAGUCCAUGCGCCAACGAAUUGAGGCUGUUCUGAGGGCGAAUAUAUAUAUAUAUAUAUAUAUAUAUAUAUAUAUUUCUAUGGAUCUCUCGGUUGAAACCUGUGGAAAAGAGCUGUGAAAAGGCUGCAUGCAAAACCCAGGAAAUAAGCUGCAUCGUUAAUGAGAGAGUAAAAACCACCAGGAGACAUUAGUGGAGGAGCAGUAGAGAUUAUAUUAUAGCUACUCAAAAUGUCUACCAUCCGUGUGUGUAGUGCACUCCAUGCGUUUCCUAAAAACGCAUAGAGCGCAUAAGUGCUCCUUUUCGGUCCCACUCGCCACUUCUCCCUUCCAAGGACUCCCUUCCCUACCUAGUCUCGAAAACCCAACCCUAGGCAACUAGGGUCUGGUUUCAAUGACAGACUCUUUUGGCAUAGAGGAACUUAGUCACUGCCUACGUCACUACUUUAUCCGCUUGAAUAAAAUACAAAAUAGUAGCUAGCAAGAUGGAGAUCAUGGAGGUUCUUUUUAAUGAGUGCAUUUCGUAAGUGGCUAGCUUGCAUCAACUACCUUGACUAAAACCACUGUAAAGGUUUUGCCUGCAAACUUUGGUUUCGAAUCGCAACGUUCUGGCAUGUCUGCCUCGUGAUUUGUUGGGAGAGUUAUCUGUCCCACCCCGGAAAAUGUGAGAAGAGGACCCAACCCGGAACAUGUUUUUUCCCCUUAUCGAAGUUGCCAAAAGAGUCCGUAAUUGAAACCAGACCCUAGUCACUGUUGCCUAGGGUCAGGUUUUCGAGACUGUUCCCUACUCACCCCGAUGUCAUGGCUACGUUGGCUAGCUAAGCUCAUGCGCAGUAACACCUCAUCGGGUCUAACGGUCGUCUCGUGCCAAACUGCGCGUAUGCAAGCCAUCAAAUGAAAGGCACUUCUUCGAUAUAAAGUUGUUUUUGGCUAAAAUAAAAACGUUUCAGUUUGUCACUUUCACGAUGUUCAACUACUUAAGACAUUGGCUCGAGUCUAGGUUGUGCCUUUAGAUUUUGAGAAAAGGACAACUAAGGAAGAAUCUUUCACUUCUCUCAUUGACUUAUCAAACCCCAAACCCUAAACCCCAGCCUGGUCUAUUUGAUCUGUUUCGCAAGCGUUCCCGGAAGUCUUGCGAUGGUGCACCUCUGGGUUUAGAAACUUUCUUCCUCUUUCUAUGCUUAAUUUUAACCUUACCCCCAUAUCUGUCCUUUUUCACUUUAUUUUUCCCUCCCUCCCUACCCUUCCUCUGUUCUAAGCCUAAUUGCAGUCGGUAUAGUACGUGCUUCCUCUCUCUCUCUGUUUUCUCUCUCCUCCCUCGCUUCCUCUCUCGUCAGAUCCUGCAGCUCUCCUCCUUGCAGUCUGUACAGUGCGUGCUCCCUCUCUCCCUUUCCCUCUCUCUCUAUCCUCACUCUCUCCCUCUGAUCCUGGAGCUCUCCACUUGGUGCACCAAUUAACAGCGAAAAGCUUAACAAAGCCGUCAGUGCAGGCAGUGCCCUUAGAGGCAACCAGAGCGUGAGGUCAAUGAUAAUUUCUCCUCUGCAAAUUUUGUUGUCAUGUUGUGCACAUUUUUAUCUCCUUCCCUCUGUAGUUUCUGCUGUUGUUUUUUCAGCCAGAACAUUGUGA